AUGGCUAGUGAGCGCUUCCAAAGGGCUGUUCACGAGCCCUACUCCUGGUCGGAGGAGCAAGUGCUCAUCAACCGCCGAGACAUCAUGAGCACCAAGGAUGCCUGGGACAUCCAGGAGUUCAUCACUCGCAUGUAUGUCAAGCAGCUGCUUCGACACCCGGCCUUCCGGCUGCUUCUGGCCUUGCUGCUGGUGGUCAACGCCAUCACCAUUGCUCUGCGCACCAACUCCUUCCUUGGCCAGAAACACUAUGAGUUGUUCUCUACCAUAGAUGACAUUGUGCUGACCAUCCUUAUCUGUGAGGUUCUCCUUGGCUGGUUAAAUGGCUUCUGGAUUUUCUGGAAGGACGGCUGGAACAUCCUCAACUUCCUUAUCAUCUUUAUCUUGCUCCUGGGGUUCUUCAUUAAUGAACUCAAUGUCAACGCUCUCACCUAUACCCUCAGGGCGCUUCGUCUGGUGCAUGUCUGCAUGGCGGUGGAGCCUCUGGCCCGGAUCAUCCGUGUCAUCCUGCAGUCGGUGCCCGACAUGGCCAAUAUCAUGACCCUCAUCCUUUUCUUCAUGCUGGUGUUUUCCGUGUUUGGGGUCACUCUCUUUGGUGCAUUUGUGCCCAUGCAUUUCCAGAACAUGCAGGUUGCCCUGUAUACUCUCUUCAUCUGCAUCACCCAAGAUGGCUGGGUGGACAUCUAUAAUGACUUUCAGAUAGAGACAAGAGAGUACGCAAUGGAGAUUGGGGGCGCCAUCUACUUUGCCAUCUUCAUCACCAUUGGUGCCUUCAUUGGCAUCAACCUGUUGGUCGUUGUGGUGACCACCAAUCUGGAGCAGAUGAUGAAGGCAGGAGAGCAGGGGCAACUGCAUCAGAUAAACUUCAGUGAGAGAGGCAUGCAGGACCUGGAUGGAGGUAACGAGCUGCCCCUGGUGCACUGUGUGGUCGCCCGGUUGGAGAUGUCCGGCGCCCCGCAGGAGCCACUGUCGGGAGGCCACCUGUCUAACCUCUCAGAAAACACCUGUGACAACUUUUGUUUGGUGCUGGAGGCAAUACAGGAGAACUUGAUGCAGUACAAGGAGAUCCGAGAUGAGCUCAACACGAUAGUGGAGGAAGUCCGCUCCAUCCGCUUCAACCAGGAGCAGGAGGAGGAGCUGAUCCACAAGCACUUGUCACUGAGCCUGUCGGUGGUGAGCGGGUCCUCCCUGGACAUCCGCGACAUGACUUGCCAGCAAGACUUGAUCACAGCGCUCAUCAACAGGGAAAAGGUUCAGGAAUCCAACACAAACAUACUCCUUAAACACAAGACCAGCCGCUGAGAGGCAGGAUGGGAGCCAAGGGGCCUGAGCACACACACCCACCUGCAUCUUCCUACAUCUCUACGUGACUUGGCACAGUCUGGCCUGAGCCCAUCUUCUCCCUUACACCUAGGCAGAUGCCUGGGGCUGUGAAGGGGGUGGCAUCUCCAGGGCUUGUGUCUGUGAGCCUCAGGUCCAGAGGAAUUCAGAUGGACAAGGAUGCUGGAUGAGAGAGGGAGCCCCACAGCAAAGAAUGAGCACAGAAGGGGGGUGCUGGCCAAGGCAGCCAGGAUUUGUCCUAAGGAUGGACUUUCCUGGCCCCCUGCUUUAGGCCAGAGCUAGCUGGGGCCCAAGUGCACCAGGAGGAGAAAGGUGAGGCCAGUGGGGCCAGACAUCUAUGUAUUGACAAUAAAGUUUUGUGUUGGGAUCAAUAUGUCUGACUGGUGGAUCUCCAAACUUGGGGCAAUCUUGCCCCAGGUCUGAUGGGCAAGACAGAUCUUUCCCCUCAAAAGCCUCUUUGUCUGAUGGGAGAGUUACUGACUGCCCUCUAGAGCUUUCCAGUCUAAAGGGAAAGAGAAUGUACCCUGAAAAUUUCUGACUUAAUGGUAGGGAUGUAAUCUCCCCGUAGUGUUCUAAAUUUUUUUUGGUGGGGGAGGGGGUGGGAAUCUGGUUCUCAUGGUUGGGAGCCCCAGUCUGAUGAAGGAGACAGCCUGAAGAUAGAGAAGACUGGUCCUCAUUCUGGGGGGCCCUAGUCUGAUGAGGUCACCACUGACCAGUCAUGCAGGUACAGGCAGUUCUAUCCUGGGGCAAUGGAGAAUGACUGCCAACGCGUGGCUCCUGGCAGGCUUUCCAGAGGAGAGGAACACUGGAGCUUGCUGGAAGAUCGCAGGAGGAGUUUGUGGGUCAGAUGAAUGAGAUCUGGUGGGGUACUUGGGACCUGUUGAGGUCUCCUUGGGACCUUCACACUAAAGACUGUUGAGAGCCACAGCAAGUUCCUGAGCUAGGAAUGCAAGAGUCUGAGAAAGCUGCGGCAGUCAUAGGCAUUAGGAAGAGCUGCCUUGGAGGACUGGCCUCUCAUCCUUGGAUGGAGCCCUCAGUCUUCCUGGUGAGCACCCACCUUAUACUCUUCUCAUCUAUCCUUCUCCGGGGGCUCUCACAGACCAGAAGAGAGGGGAAGAAGAUGACAAAAGAAGAGACAGAAGGUAGUGUCCCCAAGAAGAUCUUAUAAUGCACUAUUACAACCCAAGGGGCUGAGUCAAGUACAGCAGACUCCACAAAAGUCUCUGUGCCUAAGGGGCCUACAGCGUGCUCAUUGACAACCUUGGCUCUAACCAACAAUGGGAGAGACAACGUCUCUGUGGUUCCACUUAACCCCUCAGCAACAAUCAGGAGGUCAGCAAUGUCAGCGUCCCAGAAGAGUACAACACCAGCUACUCCUCUCACUUCACCACAAGCCAACAGCUCUGCUGCCCCACCAAGCAGAAAACCCCAAUACUUGAGACUCAGGAGGAGAGAUCCAAAAACACAGCCUUGUCUAGCAUGGCCACUUCAGCUAAGCCCUGAAAUAGAAUCAGAGAGCUCCAACCACAGCCCCAUUAGCAUCGAGCUCCAUAAUCAAUGGAUUGGAAUCAUCAGUGUCCACUGACUCUCAGGUAUCAGCCACGAUCACAGUUCUAACAGCAUUAAACAUACCGGGUGAUGACAUCAUAUUAGUGAGGUCCAUGACAGCCACUGUGUCUGAGAGGUCAGCCACAGUGAUUUCCCCGACGACACUGAACAGGAUCACUGAUGUGAAAGAAUCUCUACCCACGACAACCAUUGCAGUCGUCCAUGCCACUUCACUAACCCUGACCAUUCUCGGGACGACUGUCCUGGAACGACCGCAUCUGGGACUCAGCAAGGAGACUACAGCUGCACCCCCAGCCCCAACAAUAGCCCUCAUGAGGAGCAUCACAGCCCUGCUGCACAGACACCUUCCUGGCCAGUGGGAUCAGCCCCGUCACCUGAGAGAGCAGCUGCUCAUUUGACAGCCCUCAUCCCCAGCUCCUUGGGGACAGCAAUGUCCUCUGACAUGACUGGCUCCAGGCAGGCUUCCCCUAAACGCACCCAGAGUAGUAGUCCCAGAGCCAGAGCCUGUGCUUUGGACAAGUACCCAGCUGAUGGGGGAGUCUGUAUGUGAAAUGACAGCUACUACACCCACUCAGGUGAGUCUGAGCAGCUCAUGCCCGUACAGCGAAGAAGAGGCGGGGGCCAGAGUGGACAUCGUAACCCUAGGACGGCCCAGACAAAUGUGUGUCCAAUGGCUAUGGGAGGGCCAGUGAGGUUUGCCCAGACAUUGGCAUCUGGAGGGUCCAUUGGGGUAGAGGUGGUUUUUCUAGUAAGAGGACAGGUAGCUGAGCACAUGAGGUUGUGGCAGUAAGUUCAGGAUGCUGGAACAAAAUACCACAGACUGGGCGGCUUAUAAACAAGAGAAUUUUAUUUCUCACAGUUCUGGACGCUGGAAGUCCAAGUUCAAGUCACCAGCAGAUUAGGUAUCUGGUGAAGCCCACUUCCUGGUUCAUAGACAACUGUUUUCUCUCUGUGUCCUCACAUAGUACAAGGGGCAAGGGAGCUCUCUGGGGUCUCCUUUAUAAGGGCACUAAUGUCAUCCAUGUGGGCUCCAUCUUCAUGACCUGAUCACCUCCAAAGGCCUUACCACCUAAUACCAUCAUUAUCUGGUGUUAGGAUUUAACAUAUGGAUGGGGGGGCAUAAAAAUUCACUCUGUAGCAGAGAUAGAAUGGACAAUUCAUCAGCCCCCAGCGCCCGGGACCCCAACUGACCAGAGAAUGAAUCUUCCCAAAGGAAGGAACUAUAGCCCCAGCAGAGGCCAGGAGGGGCCAGAUCGUUGUUGGGACAAGACCAGUGUGGCAGAUAUUACAGAGAGGCUGAAUUCACAGGGCCUCCCUCAAGUGGUGCAGCUAACUCCCAGGCUCACCCUCUGGCAGGGCAGAAGCUGGGUCCUGGAACCAAAAAGAUGAUGGUGUCCUCCAUAUGUCUGCCAUUGUCAAAGUAAUUCUAACUCCCAAACCUUUAAAUUUUAUCAAAUUCUGGGCACCUGGGUGGCUCAGUUGGUUAAGCGACUGCCUUCGGCUCAGGUCAUGAUCCUGGAGUCCCGGGAUCAAGUCCCGCAUUAGGCUCCCUGCUCGGCAGGGAGUCUGCUUCUCCCUCUGACCCUCCCCCCUCUCAUGUGCUCUCUCUUUCUCAUUCUCUCUGUCUCAAAUAAAUAAAUAAAAUCUUUAAAAAAAAUUUUUUAUCAAAUUCUGAUUUUCCUAAAAUGACUACUCUGCUUUUUAAAAUACCAAAUUCCUUCAAAAAAUACUUCUUUUCAUCACUGGAUAAUCCAGCCUUGGAAUGAAGCUUCCAUUACAUUCAAAACUAGGCAGUGCUUAACUUAGGGGCCAGUAUUUUCCAAAAUGUGUUUUGUGGGACACCAGCGCUUUGGGAUUUCAACAGAUGUUACACACACAAAAAAGGGUGGGGUUCUAUUGUUAAAUAUAUUGGGAAACUACUGGAUUAAACAAAAUGGUUUCUUGACUGCAGGACUUUUCAGAGCUUUUACUAUUCCACUAUCCACUGUGACUCCCUUAAAAAUCAUAUUUUUUAAAAAGAUUUUAUUUAUUUUUUGACAGAGAGAGAGACAGAGAGAGAGGGAACACAAGCAGGGGGAGUGGGAGAGGGAGAAGCAGCUUCCCACGGAGCCGGAAGCCCGAUGCAGGGCUCGAUCCCAGGACCCUGGGAUCAUGCCCUGAGGUGAAGGCAGACGCUUAAUGACUGAGCCACCCAGGUGCCCAUAAAAAUCAUAUUUUUAAAGCAGAUUAUAGCAUGCAUUUCCCAAGUGUAUCUGUCCCUAGACUCCUCAUUCUGAGGAAUAUUUAUGCAGCACCUUGGAAUAUACCCAGCUGCAGAGGAGAGGAAUUCAGAUGAGAGCAGAGCAGAGCUGGGCAGGCAGAAGUGACUGGGGUGACAAGUCCAACCCAGGGGGUUUUAGUAAAGCCCUGAGUAGGUGCUGGCUCAUUAGAAGAUUAUCCCCGUGUCAACAAACUGUAUUGGUGAGACUGGGGAUGUGCGCUCAUUUGUAAAAUGCUGUAUGUAUCCCCCCACAGAUAUUAUGAAGUAUAUCCUGUGUUUUCAUGCACUGAGAAUGAAACAGCUUUUCUUUUCUUUUCUUUUUAAAGAUUUUGUUUAUUUAUUUGACAGAGAAACAGAGACAGCUUUUCUUUUUGUGUUCAUGGUUUUCCAGGUUAGUAGGAACAUGGACUCUGCAAGAUAGACUAUCUGGGUUUGAACUACGCCUCAUUUUCUUCUGCUGGGGUAAUAAGAGCACAUUUACUGCAUAGCAUUCGUGUUUGAGGGUUAGCUUUGUUGAUAUUAUUAUUUGGUCCUCUGUAUCACAACAUACUAUUGAUUGCAAUAGCAGAAAGUUAUGUGACUGACUUAACCCCCACCCUGCCCCGCCGAACACACACUGGUACAAAGCACCUUAAAUUGUAACCUGUCCCUCUGACCAAACAUGCCUGCCCAAACAGAAACAGUGAGCUUUUUUUAAAAAGGAAAGGGAGAAAAGUCUUAAAAUUCAAAAUAAUAAAACAAGUACAGAAAUGCUUAACACUAAUAUCUCCAUUACGUUUUGCUUUUUAAUGACUUUUAAACAUCUCAUUCCA